AUGCAUUUGCACUUAGGUGGCGAUGAGCUGCUAAGGAAAUUCUGGGAAAUGGAAAAUGAGCCCAACUUAAUUCAUAAAAGGAUGACGGAUGUGGAACAAAGAUGUGAAGAAUAUUAUAACAAGACAACAACAAGAGAUGAGGAGGGGAGUUUUAUAGUCAAACUGCCUUUUGAUAAAGAAGAUCCAGAGUGUCAAUAUGGAAAUUCAGUAGUAAUAGCCAAAAGAAGAUAUGAAUUUUUAGAGAAGAAGCUACAAAAGGAUCCCAAAUUAAAGGAAGAGUACAACAAGGUUCUACAAGAAUAUAUUACAAUGAAUCACAUGACACAAAUAAAAGAAGAGGUAGAUAAUCCCAAAGCAGUUUAUCUUCCACACCAUGCCGUAGUUAAAGAAGACAAGGACACCACAAAGGUACGAGUAGUUUUUGACGCUUCAUGUAAAGGACUGAACAACAUUUCACUUAAUGACAAUCUCAUGGUGGGUCCUAAGUUACAACAAGAUUUAAGACAUAUUGUAAUGCGCUGGAGAAGCCACAGGAUCUGCAUAGUAGCAGAUAUAGUCAAGAUGUUCCGAAUGGUGAAAGUCAGUUCAGAAGACACGGACUUCCAAAGGAUUUUAUGGAGACCUCAAUCAGAUCAGCCAUUACAACAUUUCAGAUUACUACGAGUAACCUUCGGUACUGCUUGUGCUCCAUAUUUGGCAGUAAAAACCCUUCAGAGGUUAGCUGAUGAAGAACAAGCAAGAUAUCCCACAGCAUCUAGUAUUACUAAAAAGGAUUAUUACAUGGACGAUCUUCUGACCGGCUGUGAGACGCUACAAGAGGCUAAACAUAUAUAUAAUGAAAUGAACAAGUUAAUGAGCAGUGGUGGCUUCGAACUACAGAAAUUCAGCAGCAAUAAUCAAGACUUGUUAACAUAUAUUGGUGAAGACAAUAACAGUAAUAAUGAUUCAUUAAAAUUAAAAUCAACUAAUGUCAUGAAGAUACUAGGAUUGAAAUGGCACAGGAAUUUAGAUUGUUUUCAGUAUUCAGUUGAUUUACCAGAAGUGAAGCAGCCUAUUACUAAACGGCAAGUAUUAUCAGAGGUGGCCAGGUUGUAUGACCCUUUGGGAUGGAUCGCUCCUGUGAUAAUUACAGCAAAAAUAUUUAUCCAAAAGGUAUGGAAGUCAAAGCUUGAUUGGGAUGACACACUGACACCAGAUUUAGUGAAUGAAUGGUUACAAUUUAGAACGAGUUUAAUACAUUUACAGCAGAUAAACAUACCACGAUGGUACUGUUUCAGUCCAGGUCAAAGAAUUGAGUUACAUGCAUUUGCAGAUGCUUCAAAGGUAGCAUAUGGUGCUGCUGUAUACAUUCGUAUUAUUAAAAAUGAUAACGAAAUUUGUGCGAGUUUAGUCUCAGCAAAGAGUAAGGUUGCUCCUAUUGAGAAAGAAAUAUCAAUUCCUAGAUUGGAACUAUGCGGAGCAGUUCUAGCAGCAAAGUUACUAUUUGAAGUUGCACAAAUAAUGAACAUUCCAAAGGAGAACUUAUAUGCCUGGUCUGACUCGACAAUAGUCUUAGCAUGGCUGAGAGGAGGCUCUAGUCGUUGGACUACUUUUGUAAGUAAUCGUGUUUCAGAAAUUCUAAACAUUUUAGAUUCAACGCAAUGGAGGCAUGUUACUACUGAUUUUAAUCCAGCUGACUGUGUAUCAAGAGGCCUAGCUGCACAAGAUUUAUCAGAACAUUUGUUAUGGUGGUCAGGACCUUCUUGGCUUUCACAAUCAAGCAUAGAGUUUGACAAUUUUGACAUAAUAGAAGACACUCAUGAAGAAGAAAGACAUUCAGCCUUGACAGCCUUACCUGUAUUUAAUAAUGAAUUCAUCUGGACUAUGUUUUCCUCACUAUCAAAAACAUUAAAAGCUAUAUCUUAUUGGAGAAGAGUUUUACAGAAUUUGAGACUACCUAAGGAAAAGAGGAAAUUAUAUACAAAUGUUGUUACACCAUCAGAAUUAAAGGAGAGUUUAAUUGUAUGCAUCAAACAAAUUCAAGAAGAGAAUUUUAGUGAAGAUAUAAAGCAAUUAAAGCUAAAGAAAUUUGUGGCUAAGAGGAGUAAACUACGUACACUUUGUCCCAUUCUUGAUGAAAAUGGGAUUCUAAGAGUCGGUGGUCGAAUUGACAAGUCACAAGUAAGACAGCUUCGUGAGAUGUUCGAUCGUGCUAAGUCAUCUUUGCCUCGCGAGGUAGAAUAUUUAUUGAGCUUGGAACAUACAACAUGGCAUUUCAUACCUCCACAUGCACCUAAUUUUGGAGGUCUGUGGGAGGCUGGAAUCAAUGGUGCUCGUGUCGUCACUGAUGUAAAAUGUGACUGUGUCUAUAAUCAGAGCGGCAAGUGCAAGCAUGUUAGUGCUUUAAUAUCCAGCCUGUCAAAGACCAGUAAUGAACAACAGUGGGGCAAACCUAGUAAAACAAAUACUGAUAUUAUGUUUUCGCCGGACGCUUUGAGAGCACUGAAUGAAGGAGAUCUUUCUGAUUUGGAGUUGUCAUCUGAUGAUGAUGAACAGUUAGGAUUUACGUCUGAAAGGGAGUCGCAGUGUGUUCGAGUUGGUGCAGAUGUCAUAAACCACAACCAAAGAGAGGUAUUCCCACCUGACUCAGACGACGAUGAAGGACCUAGCUCAUCCUGGAUCGGAAUGAAUGAUCAGGAUCCAGAAUUUCCUGACACCUGCAACGAAUUAGUUUCCGAAGUAUGUGCCAAAACAGUUAUUUGUAACUAUGGCUGA